AUGGCAAGUGCUGUACGCAAGAAACUUGUUAUUGUUGGAGAUGGUGCAUGCGGAAAAACUUGUUUACUUAUUGUAUUCAGUAAAGACCAAUUUCCCAAAGUAUAUGUUCCCACUGUAUUCGAAAACUAUGUUGCAGAUAUCGAAGUUGAUAACAGACAAGUUGAAUUAGCUCUUUGGGAUACUGCUGGCCAAGAAGAUUAUGAUAGGUUACGGCCACUUUCUUAUCCUGAUACGGAUGUAGUCCUGUUGUGUUAUAGUAUUGAUUCUCCUGAUAGUUUCGAAAACAUUCCUGAAAAAUGGUUACCAGAAAUCCGGCAUUUUUGUCCUGAUGUCCCCAUUAUCUUAGUUGGAAACAAAAAAGACUUACGACAUGAUGAGGCUACGAAGAAUGAGUUACAUAGAACCAAGCAACUUCCCGUCACUUUUAAUGAGGGUAAAGAAAUGGCUGAAAAUAUUAAUGCUUAUGCGUUCUUUGAGUGUUCAGCUAAGACCAAGGAAGGUGUCAGUGAUGUUUUUGUAGCAGCUACUCGAGCCGCCUUGAAUUCAGCGAAGAAGAAGAGGAGGAAAUGUGAUUUAAUUUGA